AUGGAUAUUGAGUACCAGACGGAAGCACAUCAUGGAUACUCGACGGAAUUCCCCUGGCAGCUUACCGGGGUUAUUUCUUUCAGUCAGGCACAUGAUCACUGCUCCCAUCGAUCGCCACCCGCAGAUAUCUCGUCCGGCCCGGACACCUGCUGUCGCCACAUGGGCGAAUUCGCGUCUCUCGUUGGAGAACUGAAAUAUUUCUGGGAUCGUCCGGCGAAUAAUGGACCGGCAUGA